AUGAGUCCUUUUCGCUUAGUCUAUGGAAAAGCCUGUCAUCUUCCAGUUGAGGUAGAGCACAAAGCUUUUUGGGCAGUAAAGGAGUGCAACAUGGGAUUUGAGAAAGCUGGAGCUGAAAGGAAGUUACAACUACAAGAAUUGGAAUGCCUUCGCCUAGAAGCUUAUGAAAACUCAAGGCUGUACAAGGAAAAGAUGAAAGCUGUACAUGAUCAACACAUCAGGAGGAAAGAAUUCCAACCUGGGGAUUUAGUCCUCCUUUACAACUCUAGACUGAGGCUCAUGCCAGGCAAACUGCGAUCAAGGUGGAAAGGUCCAUAUAGAGUCGAGAAGGCUGAGCCAUACGGAGUUUUUCACCUAAGUCACCCUUCAAGCUCUGAACUCAUCAAAGUUAAUGGACAUCGUUUGAAGCUCUACCAUGGUAAGAAGGUGACGAAAAAUAAGGAGUUAGAUAUUUUCCUCUUGGAGGAUCCACUCAUAGUAGAAAACUGA